AUGACUAAUUAUUUAAAAAAAAUGAAAUUAAUAGAAGAAGAAAUGAACAAAUUUGAACAAGAUAUUGAAAAUUAUUUUUAUCGUUUUCAACAAUCUCCCUUGAAUAUUACUUUGUGUAAAGAAAUCGAUUCACUAUUACAAAAUCAACGCGUGUCUACUUUAAUUUCUAAGACUAAAAAUAAGUCUUUGAUAGGCGAGAGAGAAUUAAAUAACAAAGCGCACAUAGCGAUUGCGGCUGCUGGGUGUGCAUCAUCGUCUUCCAAAGUAUUCGGUACAAAACAAAAAAAAUUCUAUCGUAAGGCCGCUGGAAAAGUUUGGUACGAUCCAACUUUGGCGCAAUGGUCAAAUGAUGACUUUCGUUUAUUCGUGGGAAAUUUGGGAAGAGAAGUUAAUGACCAUAUGUUGAGUAUGCCAUUUAUGCAGUAUCCUUCAUUCAUCAAAGCUCAUGUAGUAAAAAAUCGUGAAACAAGCAUGUCACGUGGUUGUUAUGGAUUCGUAUCAUUUGGAAAUUCGGUGGAUUAUUUACGAGCUAUCAAAGAAUUACAUGGAAAAUAUGUCGGAAGUCGCCCAAUGAAAAUCGAAAAAAGUAAAUGGAAAAAAAGAAAUAGUAAUGUUGAAUAAUUUAGAAUAACUAACAAAGUAUUAGUUUCUUUUACAAUUUGAAUGUUAAAUUAAUCAAUACAAUAACUUCCAUUUAUGUAUUA